AUGCUCGAGUAUAUCUACCCGGACGGAUGGCAGAAGGCACCGACGGACUUGAUCCGGGACCAUCCUCUCGCCGCGCAUGGCCUGAACCAGUCUGACGACUUGGCCGUAUUCCUGACGACGCCUCGCGAAUACCCCGUGCCGGAGAAGAUAGUCGCUUCGCCGUGGUAUCGCUGUGUGCAGACUGCGGCGCCGCUCGCGCUGAAACUCAAGAAACAGAUCCACCUCGACCACGGGCCCGCCGAGUGGUACUCGCACGCUGCGCCGGGGACUGGGCUCCACCCCCGGCCCAUCGUGGAGGGUGCGGCGAGCAUGUCGAAGCACUUUCCCCCGGGGCUCAUCAAUGAGGAGUACACUAGUACUGUGUACCCGUCCCGACGGGGGGAGAGUUUGAGGGAGGUGCAUGACCGACUCGACUUGUUCGCGAAGACGUUCGUGAGGAGGAUGGACGAGGAGGGCGUCCGGUCAGUUGUCAUCUUUGCGCAUGCUGCUACCGUCAUUGCCCUUGGACGUGCUCUCACCGGCGACCCGAAACGUGAGGUGACUGCCGCAUGCGCCUGCACCUCCUUGUACAAGCGUAUCGGAACGGGUGACCACUUUGAACAGAUCUGGAACGGUAGGACAGACUACCUGCCUCUCGGACUGGAGCGCGACUGGAGUGUAGGUUUACCCCUCAUAUCCACGCAUGCUGACGAACAGUUUGACGCAGUCGAGCUCGAGAAUGGAGAAGUCGUCGACGACGAGGGAGACAUGGAGGAGCACUCGCCCGAGGACGAGCUGCCCGUUGGCCUCGGACCGGGCAUGGAGAAGUUUGCGCCGAAGACGAGGGUCGUGUCCCGAUUGUAG